AUAUUAUCAAACAUUGAACAUGUUUGAACGCAUUAAAUAAUAUUGAUGCUCAACAAAAAGUGCCAAUGCAUUUAGUGCAUUAAGUGUGUGUGUGUGUGUGUGUGUGUGUGCGCAUGCAGGACCAAAGUCCCAAGUCCAGGAUGAACUUCAUUUGGGUAGACAGGACUCUUCUAAAGUCGUAUUGACAUGAUGUCAUUGGCGAGGGAACGUGUGGUUUCAGUGUGGGUGUAGAUGAGUUGGGCGAGGCGUGGCCUGCACCUGUAUAAAUGAAAGCAUGUCUGGAAUGUCAUUCAUUGCACUGACCAACACAAAGACGGCACUAACAAAAAGAGCUUGCCAUGCAGAACUCAGUCUUUCUGCUUUCCGUCGGGGCUGUUAUUUUUAGCUCUUGUCUGAGAGAGUCUACGCCGCUUGAAGAAACAUACAAGGGCCUUCAGCUGGAAGCUCUGAAGAGCAUUAUUCUGGAGUACCUCGGGAUGGAGGCACCGCCGGGGCCUGGAGGAAGAGCUUCCCAUCAGGAUCUGGUCAGGAUGUAUCGGCAGUAUAGAAGGAUUGGACAACUGCUGAAAGGAAACACAAGUGAAGAGCAGGAGACUCAGACGGCAAGAAGAGCCUCCACAGUGCUAUUUCCUACAACAGUGCAACCUCUGAAUUCCUCUACGGACUCCAGUCAGCAGUGGAUCAGAGCUGCUUUCCACAAGAACUCGCGCGUCAGAUCUGCAACAAACCUUCAACAUGCCAAACUGCAAAUCAAGAGGCCGCACGUGCACAGAACAGCACACGGCCAGCCGUGGCUAUCAAAGGACAUUGUGGUCAGAAUACACAAACCCCCUGCUUUUCAUACUGACACGAUACUUCACACCAGAGACUCGAUUUCUCGGGAAGUCAGUCUGGAUUUAACUUCUGCGGUGCAGAAUUGGCUCAAAGACACAAGUGCUGAGCUUUUAGUUGUGGAAAUUUGCCUCCUCAGAAAACAAGAAGUGAGCACACAUUCCACGCCUCGCUUUAUUUUACAACUCGACCAAACAGUGAGGAGAAACAAGAGAGCUUUGUCUACCAGAGAAGAAAGCGUCGAGGAUGAAGGACACUGCAGGCGCAAUUCAUUGAACGUUUCCUUUAAAGAAAUUGGCUGGUCAGACUGGAUUAUCGCUCCCUCCGGCUACACCAUGCACUACUGUGAUGGAUCCUGUCCUCAUAAUUAUAAACCUGCUAGUAUGCAUACUCAGGUUAAGUCGCGUUUGCAUCUCAUGUCCAAAGGAAUAACACACGGGCCCUGCUGUGUACCGGCUGCCUAUGAGCCGAUGGUUCUUAUGCACUACGACAGCCGUGGAAAGUUGAAGUUGACACCUUUUAAUGAUUUGAUAGUUAAUAAAUGCCACUGUGCAUGAAACCGCCACAUGUGCAGGGCAUUAACUUGUGAACUGAAAGUGAGUCUCGAACAUUCUUACACUCAUUUGGUUACAUUCCUUUGCUUUAUUAUGCAUAGUUUGGAAAACAAAUGACACCUGCUUUUAAGCGAACACUGAGGUGUUUAAUGUGUAUUUCAUAUGACUGACAUGCGGUAAACUGCAAUGUCAGACUAUUUAUUUUAAUUUAUUUUAAAUGUUUUGUACCGUUCUCGCUUGUUUGUCAUUGUGCUGAACUGAAGAAAUGUUUUGUGUUUGUGAAUGAUUGUUAAUAAAGGUCAUUUGUGUUUUUAGUA